CCGGGUCGGAAGGCCCAGAGUGUGUUCGGCCAGGCCGUUGAGUGUGGGUAUCUAUAUUAUUGGGGCCGGGGUAAGACAAGAAAUUAGGGUUAAUAGUUUUAGGCGCAAAGCAAUCGAGAUGGAGAUGAGCAGCAGCAGCAAGCAUCCUCUUGGGGUUUCACAAGACAAGGCGGAUGUUAAAAAACAGAAACUGGAUGAGCUGACCAAAGAGAUACCUCCAAGAGAAGAACGAUUGAAGUUGUUUAUGGACACUUUUAAAAACAGGGCUUAUCUCGAACAGGAUGAAGAUGAGAAUGAAGUCUUGUCUGAUGGUACUCAUCCUAUGACUUUUCGAGACAUCGCCAGUCUCGAACUUGAUUUGUAUGAGACAGAUGGAUUUGAUGUCCAAGACUAUUCGCAUGUGGGUGAUGCUAGUGUGAUCCUUACUUGUUACGACCCGGAAGCGAAUAUCAACAGAGGUGCCUUCUAUUUACCUGAAAUGAUCGAGUGUGCUGAACAAGCCAUUAAUCAGUAUAAUGGCGAAAAGGGUAAACACUUCGGAGACGUGCAUGUGAUCAAGGUAAACGUUGAGGCUGUUUGUCCAUAUAGGUACUAUCUCACAUUUGAAGCCCACGAUGCAACUGAAGACAUCACUGAAACUUUUGAAGCUAAAGUUGAUAUCCAUAUCCCUAUUACCGAGAGAACUGUUGAUUUUGUUCGGAUCAGGCAGCCUCCUCGCUUUUAUUGCCCUUGAAGCUGAAAUUGAUCCAUUUUUUAAUGGAGAUGUAGAAAAUUCAUCUGUGGGAGCAUAAAAUCAAAGCAUUUACCCCUCUUGAAUGUUAUUAAUUGUAAAGCACAAGCAGCGGGAUUUAGGUUCAGGAUUUCCUAGAUUGAAAGUUGUGAUUUGUUAUAAAUUUGGGCAUCUAGGUUCAGGAUUCUCCCAAUGAACAAACUCAAAAUACGAGGCUAAGAUCAAGGUCCAGGUUUUGUUUUUCAAUGUCAAUUUCAGUAUCUGUGUGAUUAUCUGUAACAAAUUGUUGUAUUUUUUAGUUUUACUGUAUUUGAUUGGAUUUGAUUGUCCAAUCUAUAUAUUGUGUGUAUUACAAGUAUGUUAACCAGUUUAGGAAUAGAACAUUGAGCUUUUCAUAGCA